AGCAUUUUUCAGACCCUGAUCGCAUCGUGUCGACGAGAUGGCAUCAAGAAAUCCAGGAACAGAGUUUGAUGCUUGUUGGUUAGAGAAUGUGUGUGUAAAUUUGCCAGCAGUAAAACGAAGAUGUGAGACACUGGCAGCUCGCCGCACAGUGAAAAAACAAUGGCAGGCAGCUUGGCUGCUACGAGCUAUGACAUGUAUAGAUCUGACUACACUCUCUGGAGACGACACAGCCACCAAUGUCAGUCGUCUUUGCUUUAAGGCAGCAAACCCUAUCCGUGAUGAUAUUAUCAAGGCUCUUGGCAUGGAUGAUCAAGGACUGACUGUGGGUGCUGUGUGCGUAUAUCCCAACAGAGUUGCAGAAUGUAAGAAAUUCCUGAAGGCUGCUAAUGCUUCUCACAUACCCAUUGCAUCAGUGGCCACAGGUUUUCCAUCGGGGCAGACUCCGCUGAAGACAAGACUUGAGGAGAUCAAACUGGCUGUUAGUGAUGGAGCCUCUGAGAUAGAUAUUGUCAUUAACAGACAAUAUGCUUUGUCUGGUAAUUGGCAAGGUGUGUACAGUGAGGUUCGCGCGAUGAAGGAGGCGUGUGGCGAUGCCCAUCUGAAGACCAUUCUGGCUACAGGAGAGCUUGGGAACAUGAACAAUGUUUACAAGGCUAGCCUUGUCUGUAUGAUGGCAGGUGCUGAUUUCAUAAAGACAUCCACUGGAAAGGAGGGUGUAAAUGCUAUCUUUCCUGUUGCCUUGGUGAUGGUCAGAGCUAUCCGGGAGUAUUACCAAAAAACUGGAUUUAAGGUUGGGUUCAAGCCAGCAGGAGGUAUCCGUACAGCCAAGGAUUCCUGUACAUGGCUUAUCCUGAUGAAGGAAGAGCUCGGUGAUGAUUGGCUCAAUAGCGACAUGUUCAGGAUUGGGGCCAGUUCUCUGUUGAUUGACAUCGAGCGACAGCUAUAUCAUCAUGUAUAUGGAAACUACGCAGCUGCCCAUGAGCUCCCAAUGUCAUAAGGACAUUGUAUAGAAUCAAUAGAUGUGUACAGAUGUUAUGGUACAUUACAUAGAUUCUUAAGACUGUUCAACAAAUUUCAAAAUGAUCAAAGAAUGACAUAGUGUAAUUUUUACAACAAAAAAUCUAUGAUCUGUCUACUAGAAAAUGUACCUGUAAUAGGUAUUCCAUUUUUAUGAGAGGAAAAUCAUAAAAGUUACUUAAAUUUUUAGAAAUUUAGUUAAAUUUGAAAGAGUGAGGCAAGAUUGUAAUGCAAUUCAUUUACCCAGUAAGUUUUUCCUCCAAUAUUUAUCCAAGCUUCAGGAUUUCAUUUAUUUCUUAAAUGUCUUUAUGUAAAUUUUAAUAAAUAAUACAGGGAUAUUAACAUUUGUUUUAAGGUUGAUAAAUGUUUAAAGAGAUUUUGCAUGAUUUUCAGUUGAAAAAGAAAUGUUUAUUUAACCUUAUUAAGAUUUAGACAGAAACUUCAGUACCAGGUGUCGAAAAAUAUUUAUCAAUAAAAAUUAAUGAGUCGAGAUAUUGAAAUAAAAUCUAGUCAUGAAAAAUAUUCAUAACUAUUAAUUAGACCCUGUGAUAAAACUAUGAGAUAUGUUUCAUUUCAUUGUGAAAUAACAUGAAUGUUACAUUGUAUAGACAUUUGACAGAAUUGGCAUUGUAUAUUAACAAACAUAAUGUUUUGUAUUUAUAGAUUUUGGAAAUAGAUGUUUAAUAUAGUAGUAUUACUAUAGUAAAGAAGGAAUGUCCAUGUUUUAAUUAUAGAGUGUGUAUCAUGUGCCUAAUUUUGUAUGAAACGGUUCAAAACAAAACUCAGGAUAUUAAUCUAGCUAUCUUUAUAAUAGCUUUAGGAAUGUGUUCCGAAGAUAAUUUCAUUCUGCAUUGACUCACCUAUCUCAAUGAAUCUGAGAUAAGUAUAUUGGGUGAGAGUUAUUUGUUAUUAUAUGAUACAGAAUCUCUUGUUGUACAUUGUAUGUUGAACAUUGUACAAAAAUGAUUUUACAAAGAUUGCAUAACUCACUCUUCCCAUUCAGUUGACUAGAGCAUGCUAAAAUAUUAAUCCUAUCCAGGGUUUUGGUACUAGAUCAUGUUCAAGACAUUUGGGUCAGUAUUGUAUGAUUGUGAUAUGAGGAUUGAUAUGUUGACCUGCUGUUCCUUUCUCACAAGCCUUGGUCUAUAUUUCAAACCCUAGAUGGAUUUUGUUGCCAGUUCUGUCAGGUCGUAACAUUCAAUUAAGACAAAUUAAUAUCUGGUACUUCUAAUACUACAGUGUAUUGGUAAAAUAUAUCCCCAGUCGAGCUCUCUACAUGCUCAUUCAUUUACAGGUACAUUUAAGGAUUUGAAUUGUCAAAUCAUCUUUUUAUUAUCCAAUACAAACUUUUAAAAUUAAAAUCAUUUGUGCUGGUCUUGGUGCAUAUCAAUGUUUUACAAGUGUCCGACAUGUUGUCUAUUUUAGAUUUACUCAUCAGUGCUAGACACUUGAAUCGUUGCAUCUGUUUAAUGUUUGCCUAUUUUUGAUGUGUUUUGUGCCAGUUUUUGAUGUGUUUUGUGUCUGUUUUUGAUGACUUGUUACCUUGUCAAAAGUGGGGGAUGGGCUUAUCCCAGUAUAUGGGCCUAUACCCGGUAAGAUACGGUAUAUCCUUUAUGAUACAUACAUUAAGUGCUAGGAUGUAUUGUACAUCAUAACUUACUGAUUUAUACUCGUGUACAAUAUAUACUUAAUAAAUAAUGCAAACAAAAACAAA